UGAUACAUUAAAAUCUAAGAAGAAAGAGAUAGCAAUUGUCCUCAAAUAUCUCAUACAAGGAAUUAAAUUGAAUCAAUGGCUCAAACCAUGUUGCUCAUGUCUAGCCAGGCAGUGAGCUUGAAGAGAGAUCACCCUUUACUCCAUUUCCAAGCUCAAGGACUCAAGCCUAAACCUGUCUCUCAUCUCUUCUUCAAUCCAUUGUCUAAUGGUGUCCAUACUUCACCCAAAGCUUUCACCACUUUAGCUAUCUUUAAAUCAAAGACCAAAGCAGCUCCCAAGAGGGUUGAGCCAAAGCCAAAGGUUGAAGAUGGGAUCUUUGGCACCUCUGGAGGGAUUGGUUUUACCAAGCAAAAUGAGCUCUUUGUGGGACGUGUUGCCAUGCUUGGUUUUGCUGCAUCAUUGCUAGGCGAAGCAAUAACAGGGAAAGGAAUCCUAGCACAGCUGAAUUUGGAGACUGGAAUUCCCAUUUAUGAAGCUGAACCCCUUCUUCUCUUCUUCAUUCUCUUCACACUCCUUGGAGCCAUUGGAGCGUUGGGUGACCGAGGUCGCUUUGUCGAUGACCCUCCUACCGGGAUUGAAGGGGCGGUUAUCCCUCCCGGGAAAGGCAUUAGGGGAGCAUUGGGUCUCAAAGAAGGAGGUCCAUUGUUUGGAUUCACAAAGGCAAAUGAGCUUUUUGUUGGAAGAUUGGCUCAGCUGGGAAUUGCUUUCUCAUUGAUAGGAGAAAUUAUUACAGGGAAAGGAGCUCUAGCACAGUUAAACAUUGAGACUGGAAUCCCCAUUAGCGAUAUUGAACCUCUUGUGUUGUUCAAUGUUGCUUUCUUCUUCUUUGCUGCUAUAAACCCUGGGACUGGUAAAUUUCUCACCGAUGAAGAAGAAGAGUAGAUCCCAGCUGUUGUUUUUUGUUUUUCAGAUUUUCUAAGCAACUUGUAAAAGUUUGACACCUUCAUUUUUUCUCCCUUUCCCUCACUUCUCUUCAUGUCUCAUCAACUGAAGUUUCUUAACUGGGCUUUAAACCAAAAUUAAUCUGAGAAUAGAACGUAAACGAUUUCAAAGGCGAA